UCAGGCUGCAGCUGCGCUUGUGUUCGGGUACUGCUAAGUAAAUUAACUGCCCUAGAUAGUGCAAUAUUUCGACACACAUUUUUUUAUUGAUGAACUUCUUAAGAGAAGAAAAUAUCGUUACAAUCAUCCAGACUGGUAAUUUUAUCUUAUUUCAUGUAAUACCUCUAGUAAAGUUUUCAAAGAGAACCGAGGUAAGCACUAGAAAGCUGACAGCGCGAGGAUAAACUGCAUGUUAAAAAGUACAGUACUACACAUGUGCAUUUGCGUAUUGUUAAAGACGGAAUAAAUAAACCAGGAGAGUGAAAACAGGUCCCACGUUUUAUUGGAAGAACUGGAAACUGGGGGCUAUUGCGCCUACAACAGGAAUUCUGCUUGGAUAACUGAUCAAGAGGAGAGGCUCAAAAGCUCCAUGGAAGACCCACACAAUUUGAAUGAACAAGUAAAGAAAACGUACACCGAAUCACAUGUUUCAGAGCCUUCCAACACCAGCAGGUCUAUGGAAAUGCAGGACUUAGCCAGUCCUCAUAACCGAGUAGGCAGCAGUGAUACUCCUGGCUCCAAACUGGAUAAGUCUAACCUCAGCAGUUCUUCAGUUACAUCAAAUGGAACAGGAGACGAGAACAUGACAAUUCUUAACACUGCUGAUUGGUUGCUAGGUUGCAGCACCCCAUCCUCUGCAACAAUGUCUCUUCUUGCAGUCAAAACAGAGCCAAUGAACAGCAGUGAAGCUGCUACAACAACAGGAGAUGGAACACUUGACACAUACGCUGGGUCAGUAAUAACAAGUAGUGGGUACAGUCCAAGGUCAGCACAUCAGUAUUCUCCACCAAUAUACCCUUCCAAGCCAUAUCCACACAUUUUGUCAACACCAGCAGCUCAGUCAAUGACAGCCUAUGCGGGACAGACCCAGUAUUCUGGAAUGCAGCAGCCAACAGUGUAUACAGCUUAUUCUCAAUCAGGACAGCCCUAUGGUUUAUCCGCUUACGAUAUGGGUGUAAUGUUGCCAGGCAUCAAGACGGAAAGUGGGCUUUCUCAAACACAGUCCCCUUUGCAGACAGGAUGUCUUAGUUACAGCCCCGGGUUCACCACUCCUCAGCCAGGACAAACACCCUAUUCCUACCAGAUGCCAGGUUCAAGUUUUACGCCAUCUUCAGGCAUUUAUGCAAGCAACAAUUCUGUUUCUAAUUCAACCAACUUCAGUAGUUCUCAACAGGAUUAUCCUUCAUACACAGCUUUUGGCCAAAACCAAUAUGCCCAGUACUAUUCAGCGUCAACCUAUGGAGCAUAUAUGACCUCAAACAGCACAGCUGAUGGCACAUCUUCAUCUUCAACCUAUCAACUACAGGAACCUCCUUCAGGACUGAUUGGUCAGGCCACAGAACUUCAUGCAGGAGAUUUUGACACAGUGCAGAGCCCGUCAACACCAAUCAAAGACCUGGACGACAGAACGUGUAGGAGUUCAGGGUCAAAGUCACGUGGAAGGGGUAGGAAGAAUAAUCCAUCACCCCCACCUGACAGUGACUUGGAGCGAGUAUUUGUGUGGGAUCUUGAUGAAACUAUUAUCAUCUUUCACUCACUCCUUACAGGAUCAUACGCACAGAAGUAUGGUAAGGAUCCUCCUAUGGCUGUGACACUUGGUCUACGCAUGGAAGAAAUGAUUUUUAACCUUGCUGAUACACAUUUAUUUUUUAAUGACUUAGAGGAAUGUGAUCAAGUUCACAUAGAUGAUGUCUCUUCGGAUGACAACGGACAAGACUUAAGUACUUACAGUUUUGCAACUGAUGGCUUCCAUGCAGCAGCAACAAGUGCAAACCUCUGCCUGGCCACUGGUGUGAGAGGAGGGGUCGACUGGAUGAGGAAACUGGCUUUUCGCUACAGACGAGUAAAAGAGAUGUAUAGCACAUACAAAAACAAUGUUGGGGGACUUCUCGGCCCUGCCAAAAGAGAUGCGUGGCUGCAGUUGCGAGCUGAAGUUGAGGCUCUGACAGAAUCCUGGCUGACAAACGCACUUAAAUCAUUGUCAAUCAUCAGUUCAAGAAGUAACUGCGUCAACGUAUUGGUAACAACAACACAGCUUAUACCAGCACUUGCUAAAGUACUUUUAUACAGCCUAGGGGGAGUAUUUCCAAUUGAAAACAUUUAUAGUGCAACCAAAAUAGGAAAGGAAAGCUGUUUUGAGCGUAUAGUGUCCAGGUUUGGCACUAACAUAACUUAUGUUGUCAUUGGAGAUGGGCGAGAUGAAGAGCAUGCAGCUAACCAGCACAAUAUGCCUUUCUGGAGGAUAUCGAGUCACUCAGAUCUGUUGGCUUUGCAUCAAGCACUGGAACUGGAGUAUCUGUAAUUGUAUUAGAACGCUGGAAGUUGGAACUGGAGUACCUAUAAUUGUAUUAGAACGCUGGAAGUUGGAACUGGAGUACCUGUAAUUGUAUUAGAACGCUGGAAGUUGGAACUGGAGUACCUGUAAUUGUAUUAGAACGCUCGAAGUUGGAACUGGAGUACCUGUAAUUCUAUUAGAACGCUCGAAGUUGGAACUGGAGUACCUGUAAUUCUAUUAGAACGCUGGAAGUCCCUUUUUUAUAUUUAAAAAACAAAACACACUGAGAUUUUUUUUUUUGUCGUCUGUGAUUUAGAACUUCUGGCUAACAAGUACGAACUGUCUUAAGAAGAAGAGAACUCUUUCAGUAACAGGAGCUCGGACAGCCAGAAAGUACCUGCAUAUCAGAUCUGCAUAAGGUCUUAUAUCAAUACAUGAAUUUUUUAAAGCAUAGAUGUGAUGGACAUUGCUGGCACACACCCCAUAAAGAUGAAGCCUUCUCCAAUCUUAGAAUAAACAGUUUUUUUAAGUGACUCCUUUGCUUACUAAAUAAGACUGCGUCUUCCCUCCUACAGGGUGGUGAUCAACAGCAUUCCUCAAGAUGGAAUAUAUUCACAACAUUUUAAACAUUUACCUACCUAUCCGAGCAAAACCUGCAAUAGAAAUGCACUCUGAAUAUGAUGACAAUCAACUAUGAUUUCUGUAAAUUAUUUUAUGGUUACUAGUUUACUGUGGCAACCACCUCUGGAAAUGGAUGUUGUUGAGAGAACGGGGUAUUGUCACUUUUGACAAACAGAAUGUGCAUAAUGAUUUGUUGUGCCUUAAAAUGAAAAAAAAGACAAGUGUUUGUGUGUCACAUUGUAAUUUUGGUUAAAGAAAAAAUAUGUAGAUAAAAUUAUUUGUGAUCAUUUUUAACAUGACCAAAUUUCAAAAUAUCAGAUUUCCAGUUCUGCGUUAAAAGCAGAAAAAAACAUCAGUUGGAGCAAAUAGAAAAUAAAUGAGUUUGUGUUUUAAUGGAUCUCAUAUGACUUACUAACUAUUCACUAUUUUUUUUUUUUUUUUUGAGUUUCAGUUCAAUACCUCAAUGUAUAAAAUACUUUUCAUAUAAAAGAAGACUCAAUGGUUAAAAAAAUAACUCCACACAGCACUCUAUCGGGUUACAAGGCUCUCCUUGAACUAAGUUCAAAUAUAAAUUAUUCUGAAGAUGCUGUGUUCACCAACAGCAUCCUAAUAUGUGUUAUGAAGUGCAGUUAACAUUUUAGGAAAUGUUAUACAUAUUUAUACAAAUUCUUGGGCUCUACAAUUGUCCAGAUCCCUCAGAUAUAACUAAACUGUUUUAAAGCUAAAGCAUUUAAGUGCUAAAUUAAAAAUAUUUACAGCUGUUGGUCACUGCAGUGCUGCAUUAAAAAUCUGAAGAUUAAAUUAAUUACUAUUGUUGCAGACUUAUUUAUCAAGGCUUUUCAAACAUGCUUUCUAACAUGUUGUAUAGAUUACUUGCUAAGUAAUGCUCAGAAGUCCCAGACAUUUACCCAAAUGACAGUACACUGUAUAUACAACCUAAAAGCAUUAUUAGAUUAGUAAAACAUAUAUAAAUUAACCAAAUCUGUAUUUUUUAUUUAAUCUUAAAUUCUCACUAUUAAGGGGCCCAACAAUAUGCUUAAUUAUGGUCCUCUACUUCUAUGGCUGUGAAGAUUAUUUUAAUAUUGGUUUUAGGAUUUAUUUUUUAAUCACUAUGCAUUUGUUCCAGUGCAAAGUUUGUGAAUGUUUGAAAUAAUGAAAUGCAUUAUGUGUAUUUAAGUGCUCUUGUGUACACCUUAUUUCUGUUGACUCUGCUAGUUUACCUGUACCGUUUUUGUUUCCUUUUUCUUUUUACAAUAAAAAUGAAUGCAAGCUUUGCACUGGAGUAAAUGCGUUGUGUAUCUGUCCCAUAAUAGGAGACAACUGCUGUAUCAAUCAGCCACCGAUGUCUGAAAAAGGACUGGACUGCUGACUAGAAGCUGGGAUGAGAGAGCUGUAUGUAAAGUUAUUACUGCCAUCUUGUGUUCAUACGUUCUUAUCUUAAGGGGAGGCAUCAGUGUAUUUAUUACCCCCUAUUGCAAGACUUAAAGAGAAAAAUAAAAAUGUUCUUCAAUAAAGGUACAAAGCAACCCAGCAGAACAGUGUACAUAUUAGGUAGGCUAAUUAUUCACAGCUGUACAUCACUAACAGAACACAACUGACACAAACAUUAGACUUUGGAUGACUGGAAAAACAUGUACUUGGUCUGAUGAAUAAACAGAUACUUCUUACUUUGAAGGAUUAUCAUCGGGAAGUAUCUGCAGUAAUCCCUUCACUGACCAAUUUAUCCAACUGUCAACAUAUCACUUAUUAAUAGAAAUAACAUCACCAGAGGUUUUUCUUUUUCUGCAGGCUUUAAUAAAAAGUGCUACCUCA